GAAAGAAGAGUAACUUCAGGUCGCGCACGCAACGUUACACCACAAACAGUACACGUCCGACCAAGAGGCAAAUCUUCACAGUGAACCUCUCCUUGGAGAGUCUUCUGUCUUGACAACCACCCCUACUCUUGAAAUGGUAUAGCCCUUGCGCAACUUACGUAACGAAGUGAAAGAAAGGUAACUCUAGGUCACGCACGUACUCCACAGAGGCUUUACGUUCGACCGAGAAGAAAACCUUCACCGUGACUCCCGACUCCGAGACUUAUUACUCUACAGAACACUUGUGAAGUGUCGGCCAAGUUCAGGUCCGGUACUGUCAUGGAGGAGCCGGUUAAGGACCCCGACACACAGCUGUCCGCCUCGAGCUCAGGACUGGUGCUGGAGGGAGCCAAACAAACAGUUCCUCGUUCUGAUGUCCGAUGGUUCCAGAGACAGGACCUGUUGGUGUGGCUGUUCGGGAUGGUUUUCAUUGGUGGACUGAUCGGAGCCAUCUUCGGACUGGGCAGCUACAGGGGUUGGUACGCCCCUAGCGGACUGGCCUAUAACGACACCAACACGACACGGGAGCGGUUCUUACCGGAGCCGUACGAACCUGAAGAGGGAGUCAAGGGGAGAUACGGGGUAGAUCCAUCGGCUCGCUGGUACUUUUGGAAGCUCCGCCCAGAACUGGUGACUCCAUGGACUCGAACUUUUGUGUGGGCCUGUUACACCGUCCAUCAGCUGCUGGCCUGGUGGCUCCUGUACCUGGCACAGGUGAACAAACAGGCAGAGAAGGGCAAUAAAUACUCAACCAACCUGAACAGGUACACCUGGGCAGCUGUGGCCGUGCACACCUUCUUUCACCUGCUGCACCUGGCGCAGACUCACCUGACGUACGACGCUACCGCACAGGAUGUGUCGAUCGGCAGUUCGCAAGGCUCAGUUAUCGUGGCCCUGCUGUUCGUUAUGAUCAUAGAGUUCCGGGAAAGGGGUGUGUUUUUCGGCUGGCCUUCUGUGACAAGCGCAGACAAAGCCGGAAAAGCCAUGCGGUCCUGGUCACGUGAGUCGGUGCGCCUGGUCCGUAAGUACCACGGUUACGUCAUCAUGUGGGCGGCGGUCUACACCUUCUGGUAUCAUCCAAUGGAAAACACGCUGGGUCACGUGAUGGGGUUCUUCCACACCUGGAUCCUGAUGCUGCAAGGAAGCCUCGUUUAUACAGACCUGCAUCUCAACAGAUACUGGCGCUUCACCCUGGAGGUGUGGGUGACCCUACACGGCGGGCUGGUGGCCUGGCAGACCGGCGGACCGGACCAGAUGGGCACCAAGCUGUGGCCUAUGUUCGCUUUUGGUUUCCUCGCACUUGUUGUGGUCACACAGCUGUUCGGCCUGCCGUUCUGGAAGCACCUCCCUACCUGGUCACGUGUCAUCCCUACCGUGGCCUUCCUUCCCGCCAUCCUCUACUGUUACAGCUGGAUCCCUGACAGAAACGGCAACCCCUGGACCCGUCUUUGGGAACCAAUCGUCAUCCCUUUCAACAACUGGGGCUUUGCCAUGGUCAUAUGCGUCCUCGUGACCUUUGGCCUUUACGUAGAACGAAAAUUGACCAAUGGCAGUCCAGACACUACUUUGAGUACGUUUGGUCGCGUUGCCUAUGUCUUUGGUUUUGUGUUCAUGUAUUUGAUUGUUGUUUUCAUUGCAUGGGCGAUCCAAUACUAUGAUUUCCAGAUUUCCGGUCCGUCCAUGAUGGUAGUUCACGAGGCUAUAUGGAUUGUGCUUGUUGUCGUAGCCGGUUUCUUUGUGAGGAGGUUAGUUGAGGCUAAAACGGAGAAGGUCGACGUUGAGGCAAAGGAAAAACACGAAAUUCCCGGGAAGGGGCUUCCGGGAAGUUACGGUUCGAUUCCAAUGUCAUUGGACGACGGGAAGGUCAAAGAGUCUGUUUUGUCCUGAUCUAAGAACUAAUAAGUAGUAAUAUGUUAAUUUUGUACCUCAAACAGGGUAGAAGAUGAAGUGCACUUCAUUGUUGAUUGUACCAUACAUGUUAAUGAUAGAAAUACCAUAUUUAGCUAAUAGAAAGCAGAUUCCCUCAUUUACACAUACGAGUAACACUGACAAUUUAUGUUCCUUAUGCGCUUUGACAAACCGACUUUUGCUAAACUCAUGCAAACCUACAUUUUUACCAUUACCAAGAAGCGAGAAGAAACCGAACUAAGUCUAUCAUGGACUAUAUGUAUGUUCUGUCUCUGUUGUGACCUUUACUUAGCUCGGUUGGACAAAAGUUAGCAAAAAUGUGCAGAGAAAGCAGCAUGUACUAUUUUAAAAUGACUUGGUAUGAAUCGGCCGGGGAUUGAACUCACGACUUAUCGAAUUUUUGUCCGUCGAAAUAGUAGCGACGUAACAUUGUUUUCAUACUGCACCUCACCAAUUCAGUGACAGGGGACUUUUUUUCAUACAAUUUUGUAAAAAUGCAUAAGGUUAUCUGUUAAAUAUGUUGCGUACAUUACAAUCCAUAAACAGUGAUAGAGGACAUAUCUGUACAAUACUUCAUCAAGUGACUUGUAAAAUGUGUUGUUUUCUUUUAUUCAUUAAAUUGUAGUGCAUUCUUGGUAAUA